AUGACGGACCUAUGGGAACUUAUCGAUGUGACUGCAAUCGAGCAAGCUGCCAUUCGGGCUCUCAGCAAGGCCCGACUGAGGGAGCUAUUCCUCUGGAACAAUUUCUAUGUCUUCGAGUCAGAUCGAGAGUGGAGGGAGUGGCGUAAUGAAAACUAUUUCCGCCAGCUCGAAGAGCAAAACAAUCUGAGAAGACCAUUAGUUUACCGACACGACGACCCUGUAACACACUGCAUCGCGCUGGAUCGUGAAGACCGAUUGCAGUUCAUGCUGGAGUGCGGGUUACCACCGGAGUGCUGGACGAAGACUGGCUGGAGUCCACUCGGUGUGGCAGUUCAUUACAAAGCAGACAGGUGCUUCAAUCUGCUCUGCGCUGCACAGCCUGAAGACGAUAUUUUACGACAAGAUACCGGAAUCCUUCCUAGCGCUCCUAAUUGGCUCAUGACUUUCGUCGGGGAAAGAGCAUACACAUAUGGCUUUUCGAGGCUGCUUGAUCACUUUGACCAUUAUAACGAGACUCAACAACAUAGGAUAGAGCUUCCUCCUAUCAGCCCCCAGGCUGUCUACCAUGUGGUUAGGGUCUUUCCAGUCCCACUGAUUGAGCGUGCCGCUCAUGCAGGACUCAGGCUCGCUUUAGCGUCACAUCAAGCCACCCAAGAAGGAGCCUGGCACAUUGCACCCAUCCGCCCGGAUGCAAUGGACUUGAUAAAUGUCCUGUGCCGUGAGUGUGCUGCUGGCCUAAGCAGUUACGAUGCCUACAGUCGGACUCCCUUAUUCCAAGCUGUAGAGUCUGGGAAGCCGGAUGUCGUGAAAAUAUACAUUGGUCACGGUGUCGACGUGGGUCAUAUCGACGUGAGGGCAGACACAGCCCUCCACGUUGCGUGUAAACAGAGGCCAGUGAAUCUGCAAAUCCUGCAGCAGCUUCUUGGUCUUAUCGACCUCAAUUCCAGUGCUGGAAGCGCGCAGGGCACACCAUUGCAUACAUUGCUAUCGAGCACAUGGGAACAUACGUGGAACAGCAUUCCUUGGGCCUCAAUAACUAGCCCAAAUGGUAUUACCUACGGUCGAAAACGGAAGCGCGUUCGCCCAUUAUCAGCCGAGGAGAAAAUGAUCAUGGAUGUUGCUUGCGAGGCUUGUAGCAAGAUCCUGGAGCUUUAUCCCGACCAGCAAGCUGUUAACGGAGAUGGACAAACCGCUUUAAAGCUGGCUCGAGUACUUCGUCUCAGACGGCUAUCGAGCAGGAUUCUAGGGGCUGCUAGGAAAGCAGAGCGGCGAUGGGAUAGACGACUGAGACCUAGGAUAAGAUAUUGA